GAUUCUAAGGGAUCAUGGACAUGUACUCCCCAAAGAUGCACGCACAUUACUAGCCACUCCUCAAGUCAUUGACAGCCAUUCAAAAUGCAAUGGACAGUAUAUAUACUAUGGCUUGGAGGGGGGCAUUUCCCGUGUACUGUGUCAAAAUGAUGCUUUCAGACGUCAACACAGUACGGUCAGUUUGGAUGUCAACAUUGAUGGACUACCAAUCUUUAAAAGUAGUAAAGUCCAGUUCUGGCCAAUACUUGUGACAUUUAGCAAUUUCAAUCCAUUUAUUGUGGCAUUAUAUUGCGGGGAACGCAAGCCUGAGCCCCUUGAUGAGUAUCUCCAUGACUUUUUGGAGGAGUUCAAUAAUCUCCAACAGAAUGGCCUGGUGUUUUGUGAGAAAAAGUAUGCCAUAAAUAUUCGUACCUUUAUCUGUGAUGCACCGGCAAGAGCAUAUUUAAAAUGCAUUAAAGGUCAUACUGCAUAUGACAGUUGUGAGAGGUGCCAAGUGAAAGGCCAGUAUGUCGAAAGAAGAGUUGUCUUUAAUCAGCUGACAUCCACCUUGCGCACAGAUGAAGCAUUUAGUCAGAUAGAGUAUUCCCGCCAUCAAAAUGGGUCUAGCCCUUUAAUAUCUGCCGGGAUACCCUGUGUCAGUGCCUUUGUUUUAGACUAUAUGCAUACGAUUUGCUUGGGUGUUGUUAGGCGGCUGUUGGUGUAUCUGACUAGAGGCCCAAAACUGUGUAGGCUCUCUGUGAGACAGAAAAUUGAAAUCUCACAAAAACUGAACGGGCUACAAGGCCAGAUGCCCAGCGAGUUUGCGCGACAGCCCCGUGGCCUUCAGGAGUUGGACAGGUGGAAAGCCACAGAGUUCCGUCAGUUUCUUCUUUACACGGGACCCAUAGUUCUCAAAAAUACUGUCUCCUCACAGCUGUAUGCUCAUUUUGUGACAUUGACCGUGGCAGUAUCCAUCAUGUUGGACUCAGAUGACAGGACAAGAGCUGCCUAUUUGGAUUUUUCUACUGAACUGAUGAGGCACUUUGUCUCUAGCUGCCCUGCACUCUAUGGAAAAACAUUUUCUGUGUACAAUGUGCAUGCCCUGUUACACAUCCAUGAAGAUGUCUCUCGUUUCAGGUGCUCUUUAAAUGACAUUUGUUGCUUUCCAUAUGAGAAUUAUUUGCAGCAGAUCAAAAGAUUGGUCAGGACUGGCCAAAAUCCAUUAGCGCAGGUGUCCAAACGCCUGGUCGAAAUCGAACAUGCCCAGGGAAAUUCCAGUGCAGGGCCAAAAGCUAAGCCCCAAAUGUACAUUUCAACAAAAAGGAGAGACAGCUGCUUCCUUCUGGACGAUGACAGGUUUGCUUUUGUUCAAGAGAGGAGGGGAGAUGGGACGGUUGUUUGCGAUGUGAUAAAACAGAGACACACUGCCGCACUGUUUGACAAACCAUGUUCGUCAAAGCUCUUGAACAUUGCUUACAUAGGGAAUGGACAUAGAUUUCAAAGAAAAGAAGUCAAGGAAACAGACCUCGGACGAAAAGUAGCCUGUCUAUCUUUCAACAAUGGCUCUGUCAUGAUUCCUCUGCGGCAUGGCAUUGAACGUUCAUGUUGAAGAUUGGCAAGUCAUAAAAUGCAUUGAGUAUAUACUGGGUUAUGCUUUUCGUCAGAGCUGUGUGGAAUGAAAAUGGGAAGGAGAUGGAGGGGACCAUCCCUGAUGCCUGGGUGAACGUUGCUGAAAAAACCCUUCGAUGGCCAAAGACGAGGGCAAAAUAUUGUUUCGACAACCAUGUGGCUCCGAAGGAGGAUUGGGAAACUUUCCCAUUGGUGAAAGUGAAAUUUACCUCAGAAAGUCUCCGUGAGUGUGAAGAACAUGAUCACACCAGCCAUGCUGAACAAUUAGAAGAUGAAGAUGAAGACGGAGAGGUUGUAGUGCAAAAGAGAAAGAAAAAAACUAAAACUUUUGAAGAUUUUGUUGAAGGAUCAGACCUGUGUGAGGCGUCUGCUGAGGGGGAGGAUAAAGAGGAGUGGAAAGGAGAUGCCAGUCCUAUAAUUCCAGUCUUUCCCACCCCACCAAUCAAAAUUUCAAAAAAUGUGGGCCGUGACAGAUCAAAUAGUGGUUCACCCAGGUCUGCGGGCAGCGACAGGUCAACCAGUGGUUCACCCAGGUCUGCGGGCAGCGACAGGUCAACCAGUGGUUCACCCAGGUCUGCGGGCCGCGACAGGUCAACCAGUGGUUCGUCCAGGUCUAGGUCCGUGGGCCGGGACAGUUCAAGUGGUCGUGUACCCAGGUCCCAAGCCGUGGAGAGCAGGUCCUUAGAUGGUCUUUCGCAUGCAAGGCCCAUUUACAAUAGGGCUGUGCCAACCACAUUCCCCCUGUCAGAAGCGAAAUUCCAGAAAAUAGUGGUAACAAAGCUGGUGACUCUCACUGAUGAGGUCAAAAAACUCCAGAGGACCUUACCUAACUCUGGGAUUGAUAUAAGCAAGAUCGACACCUUGGAAGAGUUCGAGAGGGAGGAGGCUUCUCUUCUGGAGAAAAACAAAUUUGAAACCUUGGUUUGUCAGCUGGCAAGAGUCGGGGGGAAAGAUGUAAAGGACUGCACGCACAAAGUGAUGGACAGGCUCUUCACCAAUCAGCUGAUGACCUUUUUUAAUAUGAAGGGGAAGGGCAAAAAGGAUAAAAUUGGAAUUGAAGACAAGAAAUUGUUUUCAGCAAUAAAAGCUGCUGUCAUGAAAUGGGACCCAGCUGCUACAGAGGCCCAAAUAAAGUCUGCUGCAGCCGAUCAUUUGAAACAUGCUCCCGGGAGAGUCGGGGGUGGUGGCUACAAAUAAAUAUAUUGUGGACCUAAUAGCAGCCAUAUUUUGUUAAUUGUUUACUGUUUUAACAACAUUUUAUAGUACUUUAUUUAUAACUUUACUGUUCUGGCAGUAAUACAGUUUUAUUGUGUUAAUUUAUACUUUAAUGUUCUGGUUUUAAGUUUGGGUAAAAUUAGUAAUAAAAAUAUGUUUUGAGAUUUAAA